GUGACAGUGCGUAAAAAUUGCUGAAUCAUGUAAACAUAGUCACGUCGCAGGUAAAGGGUGAAAGCUAAAUGGGUUUAACGUUUUGGGUCAUAUGAAGUAAACCAGUAUAACUAAUCAGACACAUAAGAAUAAACACUUCUGUGGAAAAGAAAUAUGUGUCAAAGGAAAGAAAAACGCAAAAGUAUGUACAAAAAAUCAAUGAAGAUCUUCAAGAACACUGUGAUACCAUUAAUUGUGCAGUUGUUGGCACUAGUCCGCAUUAUCAUUGACCGAAUAAUAGAUUUCUGCUUUUCUCUGUAUUAUGACGACACCAAGAAGAUAGCGGUGCGUGAAGCAAAAACUUCUCUUUUGAUGGAAAGUGCACUUUCCUUGGCAAAAAAAAUAAGGAACAAAGAAAUAACAUCUGAGGAAGUGGUUCGGUGUUUUGUGGAACGCAUACAGGAAGUGAAUCCAAUAUUAAAUGCUGUUGUGGAUACACGUUUUGAAGAAGCUCUCACUGAAGCUAAAGAAGUGGAUAAAAUUUUGUGUUCUGAAACUGCAAGUGAUGUUGAACAGAAUAAACCUUUUCUUGGUGUUCCUUUUACAACCAAAGACAGCACAGCAUGCAAAGGGUUGUUGCAUACAAUGGGCAUAGUGUCUCGCAGUGAUGUGAAGGCAACUGAAGAUGCUGAUGUAGUAGCAUUGAUGAAAAAUGCUGGUGCAAUAUUAUUGGCAGUUACAAAUGUGCCUGAAUUAAACUUGUGGUCUGAAACUCGUAAUAAUGUUAUUGGACAAACAAAAAACCCGUACGAUACGAGAAGAAGUGUUGGUGGAUCAUCUGGCGGUGAGGCAAGUCUCAUUGCUGCAGCUGCUUCUCCAUUAGGUAUAGGCACAGACAUUGGUGGUUCCAUUCGAAUUCCAGCAUGUUGUUGUGGUAUUUUCGGUCACAAGCCAACAACAGGCUUAACACCACUGAAAGGGCUAACAUUUAGAACUGGAGAAGAAGGCCAGACAAUGGUUACAGCAGGACCUAUGACAAAAUAUGCAUGUGACCUGAAACCAUUUCUUAAAGUACUUUUAGGUGGCAAUGUAAGCAGGCUAAGGCUGGAUUUGAAGGUAAACCUGAAAGAUCUGAAAGUCAUGUACAUGGAAGAACUAAACGAUCCCCGUACAAGCUUUGUGACAGAAGACAUCAGAGUGGCAUUGCAGAGAGCUACUGAUUAUUUUCAGGAGAUCUCACACACUAUUGAAAAGGUCAAAUUUGCUCACAUGAAGUACAGUUUUACUCUGUGGAAAUAUUGGAUGAGUAGAGAACCUACCAACUUUGCAGCAGAUCUGGCAAACAGAAAGGGUUCAUUAUCACCAUGGAUUGAACUACCAAAGAAGUUAUGUGGCUGUAGUCAGUUUACAUUGGCUGCAAUAAUUGGGCUUGUGAACAGUCGGUUGCCUCCUGUAAAUAAGAAAUGGGCUGAAACAGUUACUGCAGAACUGAAAGAGGAAGUGUGUGAAGUUCUUGGUGAGAAUGGUAUCUUGCUGAUUCCAAGCCAACCAACAACUGCUGGAUAUCAUUACACAGCAUUUUUGCGACCUUUCAACUUCAUGUACUGUGGGAUAUUCAAUGUUCUGAAACUUCCAGUGACACAGGUACCAUUGGGACUAGGGAGAGAUGGAUUGCCAAUUGGCAUACAGGUAGUGGCUGCACCAUACAACGAUCAUCUGUGCCUUGCGGUUGCUGAGGAAUUGGAAAAAGCAUUUCAUGGUUGGGUUCCCCCAUUCCCAACCAAGCCAUAAAUGUGAGAAACACACCAUAAUCAUGGUCAAGUUUCUUCUGUCAACUUAUGAACGACUGUAUUCAUGUUGUAUAUUGGUAUGCAGAUUGUUAAUUUAGUAAUGUGAUCAGUUGUGGAACAGGUAUUACAAACUGCAUUUUAUGCGAGUUGGAGCUCAUGUAUCUUUAUCGGUAUUAAUGGUAAGGUUUAUUUAAAUUUCCACAUUGAAAAAUGUUUACACAUUAUGGAAGAAGAAACUUAACAAUCAAUAAGAGACUGAUUUUUAUAUCUGCUUCAUUUUUUUUAAUAUGAAUACAUAUGCAGUGGAUAAUAAUGUAAUCCAUUACAAAUUUAUAAGCACAAAAAUAACUUGAUGUAAAUGAAACUCUCCCUCUUAUUGUGCUGUAUUGGACGGGUUUUAUGUCUUUGUCCUUCACAUGGAAGUAUUACAACAGAAACUUAAUCACUGAGAAUAAAAUGAAGUGAUAUAAGAGGUU